AAGAUCGAAGCAAAAGGGGUUACGGUAUGCGGUGGAGGGAUUUAUUCCAAAUAUAAAAUUAAGAAAUGAAUGAGACACGACUACUAUUGAUGCUAAUGCUUAAAUAACACGACCAUGAUCCUUUCAUUUUCUACGCCCUGAAUGCUCUUCCCUUGCCUGUCUAACACGGGCUUGUCAUAAUAAGAGUUAAGACAUACAUUUUUGAAUGAACGUGCGAUUAUUUAUAAUCUUACACGUAUGUGGAAAAAGGCUUUACGUUUUCGCCACGUUUAACGUUUUAUCCUUUGGUCUGUUUGAAAAGAAAAUCUAAAUUUGUAUGUUUUACUUGGCAACGGUGGGGCUUUUAACUGAAAUAUGAGCUGUUAAAACUGGGUGAAGUCCAAAGUUUUCCUCAGUUCUGUCAGAGAAUGUCUGGUUCUGUGCACUUCUGAUAACGCACCAUUUUACUCAUAUAAUUUUGUGGAAGGUCAAAGUUGCCAUCUGACCGUGCACUUGAUCUGAACUCUUCCACACAGUGUGAUACGGACGUAUCCUCGACCUCAGCAUCCAGGCUAGUCAAAUGCUAGUCUUGCGAAUUUAAUUUUAAUAACAGAGCAAUCCUAUUAGUGUCCCCUAUGGAAACAACGUGGCAGAGAGUGGAAUCCAUGCACCGCUGGAUUCUAGAGAAUGGAGAUAAGCGGACGGACCCAUGGCUUCUAGUCUACUCUCCUGUACCGAUCAUCUGUAUAUUUUUGUGCUAUCUUGGUGUUAUUUGGAUCGGACCCAAACUUAUGAAACACAAGGAACCAGUGAACCUAAAAGCAGUGCUUAUUGUGUACAAUUUUGCCAUGGUCGCUUUGUCUGUUUACAUGUUUCAUGAGUUCUUGGUCACAUCUUGGCAGGCAAACUACAGUUAUCUGUGUCAACCUGUGGACUAUAGCCACAGUCCAUUGGGAAUGAGGAUGGCCAGUGUAUGCUGGUGGUUCUUCUUCUCUAAAGUCAUUGAGCUUAGUGAUACAGUCUUUUUCAUCCUAAGAAAAAAGAAUAGCCAACUCACAUUUCUACACGUAUAUCAUCAUGCAACUAUGAUCUUUAACUGGUGGGCAGGAGUGAAAUUUGUGGCGGGAGGUCAAUCAUUUUUUAUCGGGCUGCUGAACACUUUUGUUCAUAUUGUGAUGUAUUCGUACUAUGGCUUGGCCGCCCUGGGGCCUCACAUGCAGAAAUAUCUGUGGUGGAAGCGCUACCUCACCUCACUGCAGCUGAUCCAGUUUGUCUUGCUGACUCUUCACACUGGAUACAACCUCUUCACUGAGUGUGACUUCCCUGAUUCCAUGAAUGCAGUUGUGUUUGCGUACUGCGUCAGCCUCAUUAUACUUUUCAGCAACUUUUACUACCAGAGCUACAUAACAAGGAAGAGCAAGAAGUCUAAAUAGUUGGUCCACAUGCAGAGGAGAAGAAAUCCCUCACUUGAUAGACUAUUUUUUAAUUGCUCUUGAAAUUGAAAUCAGGCCUCGGCCACAUAGUCAUCAGGACUAAAAGGAUUUGUUGAAACAACUGACCUCAUAUCUAAUUUUGGUGGUAAAUAUAACUUGUCUAGAUAAUGUUUUAUUAUCAGUAUUUUUAUUUUAUUUUUUUCAUUUUGGAACGGUGAAAUCUCCUUUAUUGUCAACAACCAAAAUAGAACUUGAAUGUAAAUAAAGUGUAAUCUCAUUUUAAGUAAAUCUAGGAUGAAACAUUA